AUGGACUCGAUGAGAUCUCUUAACACGUCUCUGCCAGUUUCGUCCCCUCGUUCAAACUAUUCACAGCCCCCUGAGCAACUGCUUCAAGCCUUCAAAACCGCAGCUCUCUCUGUGACAAACCUCUACAAAACAGCCGUUUCCGACCAAGCGAAUGCCCGCCAAAUUGGAUACCAAGAAGCCUUGGAAGACCUUAGGGCUUUUCUCGACAAGGAGAAGAUUGGAUUGAGUGAUGGGGAAGGGUCCAAAGUGCGAUGUUGGGUCACGGAGCGGAUUGAUGGAACCGGCACAACCGCCACUUCGAUGGAUAGUGACGAUGAGCGGGGGGAGCUCGACAACAAACGAGGCGGGAGUAUAUCGCCAACCAUCACCAGAAAACAGACACCGGAGGUUAAUCAUACAAACCAAGCGCCCCGACCCACCUCUCCUCCACGGCAAGAAACAAACACUCACCACCCAUCAUCUACCACUGCAGCAUCGUCAGAUACCGACUACCACAUCCUUGCAAACCGACUCUUCCCACCAACCACACUCAUCAGCUAUCAGUAG